AUGGCGGGCACCUCGCUUGACAAGUACGAUGGAAACACCGAUCCCGCUAACCACAUCGAGGCACUGAAGGCUAAGUUAAUGUUAUACGGAUCUUUCGAGGGCCUGAUGUGCAAAACCCUAGUGGCCACCCUCACAGGUCCAACCCUAACCUGGUAUUCCUCUCUGCCUCCAUGCUCAAUAGCGUCGUUGGAGCAGAUGGAAACUCAGUUCCAUGCAAGGGACUACCUAGCGAGAUUCAAAAAAGAGGCAUUGCAGGUCAGAAACUUGAACCAGUCCGUGGCUGUCAUUGCUAUUCAACACGGCCUCCACCCAUCGCCAUUCAACUUCUCCAUCUCCAAGAAUCCUCUGCAAACCCUGGUUGUGCUUAUGAGCCAUGUGCAGAAGUGCAUCAAUGUAGAAGAAGUGCAAACACAGUUGAGGGAUGAGAAAGAGAGGUCCGACAAAAAGAUGAGAGAUACUGAGGAGCGGAAGUCAGAAAGAUCAGACCAGCACCAUAAGAGGCAAGACCAUCGACCCGAUCAUAAACCACAGAAACCCCCACCGACCUAUCGGAACUCUACGCCGCUCAAUAUGUCGCGGUUUGAAGUCCUAAUGCAAAUUGACGACUGCAAUUACGUUCGUUGGCCUGAGAAGAUGAAAAUGCAAAGCAACAAGAGGAGCCGCGACAAGUAUUGCGAGUUCCAUAGAGAUCAUGGCCACGAUAUGGAGAACUUCUUCGACAUGCAUAACCACAUCGAAGACCUAAUCAGGGGCGGAUACCUCGGUGGGUUUGUCGACAAGAGUGAGAAGCCGGUACAGGAGGAACAACGCACGGAGAGAAGAAUCGCUGUAGGAGGGGAGAGUAGCAAGGGGCACAAGAAGUAUGCGCUACUGUGCGAGAUCGACAACCGGGGGCACAAGAAGAAGCGUGACCAAUCUAUCACAUUCACCGAUAAUGACCUCCGGGGGGUUCAGACCCCGCAUGAUGAUGCCUUGGUAAUCACAUCCGAGGUUGCCAACUUCGAGGUAAGGCGGAUCCUAGUUGAUACAGGCAGCUUUGUCGAUGUUCCCUUUGAGGACGCAUUUGAGAAGCUCGGCAUCGACAAAGAGCGCCUCACCCUCGUCAACACUCCCCUGAUGGGAUUCUUUGGGGAGUCCCUCCUACCCACUGGGAGAAUAACCCUUUCCCUACUGAUCGGAGACGGUGACAUUACUAUGACGACCAUGGUGGAAUUCAUUGUGGUUCGUUGCCCCUCUUCGUACAACGCCAUCCUCGGUAGGCUGACCCUUAAUGCUCUGCAUGCUACGGUCUCCACAUUUCACCUCGCCAUGAAGUUCCCCACCGAAUAUGGCAUAGGGGUAGCACAUGGGGACCAAAGAACUGCGCCGCAGUGCUACUUGCUCUCUUGCCGAGGACCAUGCCCGGUCACAGAAACAUUAAUGGCAAAAGUUUAUGAUCUAAGGGACGAGCUGAGAGCACAACGCGGCCAACCUGUCGAAGACCCCAUCUGGGUACCACUCAAUGAAGAAGACCCCGAGAGGAUGGUCUAG